AAAGGAUGCGCGGGCGCCAACAGCAGAAGAGCAGCAGAAGAGCAGCAGAAGAGCAGCAGAAGACCAGCUUCAGUAUUGCCAGAUGGCGAGAUAGAACAAUGUGUCGCUGGACAGAGGGCGCAGUUCCGGGCGCUGACUGAAGCACCACGCUGGCGGGCCGGCAGGGUGGGGACACGACAGGGACCCCCCGUAACCGAUUGAUUGGGCUGCUAUGAAUGGAACGCCGCGGGCGGAGGUGCGUCUGCAGUGUCACGCCGUCAACCAAAGUCAGACAGACCGCAAGUGUUAUUGAGAGCGUUGGGAUGGGGGAGAGGUGCAGAACAGGCGCUCAGGUAGAUGUUCGCUGCCCUGCUUAUACCGCCACCGCCGCGCUCCAGAAGAUAGCUUCGUGCUCUGGGCGUGCUGAAACGGAAUGGUCCUCGAACGGCUCAGACGAUGCCAAGCUGAGACGAGCGCAGCCUCAGGUAUUUCCGACCAUGGCAUCGCAAGCGAGAGAGCGCGCAUGCCAGCUGAUUCGAGCCAGUGUUUGGACGGCAGAGCGCGCUUGUCGUGCUCGUGAGAACAGCGUGGAGCCAUGGCUAGAUGCUGGCGCGACCAAGCAAGAACACGCAGAGCGUGGGACACGAACAAGGCUGACGGGAACGUUGGACCGUGGACCUCAGAGAUCGUGGGCCUCAGAGAUUGUAGACCUCAGAGAUUGUAGACCUCAGGGAUUGUAGACCUCAGGGAUUGUAGACCUCAGGGAUUGUAGACCUCAGGGAUUGUAGACCUCAGGGAUUGUAGACCUCAGGGAUUGUAGACCUCGGAGAUCCCUAGUCCUCAGAGAUUCCUGGUGCAGUGUGGACCUGCUGUUUUCCCAUCUCUCGCAAAACAUCAACGUUUCAGGUUCCGGGCAGCCUCAGGCACAAGGCACAGCGCGUGACGCAUGAUCCUCGCCGGCUUCCGCG